AUGGAGUUCCUCCAGUAUUUUUCUGCUUUGAAUAUUCCGUUGUGGAUCUUCCGUUAUUGUUUUGAGUGGUGGGAUUUUGUUCUGAAGGUGUACGUUGGUGAGCUUCCUCAAGAUUUUCUUCGUAUUACCCCAACUCAGCAGCAACAGCAAAUCCAGCUGGAUGCACAGGCAGCUCAACAGCUACAGUAUGGAGGAACAAUGGGUACAGUAGGCAGACUCAGCAUUACUGUAGUACAGGCAAAAUUGGCAAAGAACUAUGGAAUGACUCGCAUGGAUCCAUAUUGUCGAAUACGGCUGGGGUAUGCUGUGUAUGAAACUCCAACAGCACAUAAUGGAGCCAAGAACCCUCGCUGGAACAAAGUUAUUCAGUGCACUGUUCCCCCGGGUGUGGAUUCUUUUUAUCUAGAGAUAUUUGAUGAGCGUGCCUUUUCAAUGGAUGACCGCAUUGCUUGGACACACAUUACAAUUCCUGAGUCACUGAAGCAAGGAAAUGUGGAGGAUGAGUGGUAUAGCCUGAGUGGAAGGCAGGGUGAUGAUAAGGAAGGAAUGAUUAAUCUGGUUAUGUCAUAUACGUCUUUGCCAGCUGCCAUGAUGAUGCAGCCUCAGCCAGUGGUUCUGAUGCCCACUGUAUAUCAGCAAGGAGUUGGAUAUGUGCCUAUAGCAGGGAUGCCUGCAGUUUGUAAUCCAGGCAUGGUACCUGUGGCAAUACCACCUCCUGCCGUCAACCCUCAGCAUCUGUGUAAUGAAGAGGACCUGAAAUCUAUCCAGGACAUGUUUCCCAACAUGGACAGGGAAGUAAUCCGCUCAGUGCUAGAAGCUCAGAGGGGGAACAAGGAUGCAGCUAUCAACUCCUUGCUUCAGAUGGCUGAAGAAUCAUAGAUGCCUACUUUCUGCAUAGUCCCCGUCCUCAAUGCCACUUAUUUUUACUUGCCAAGCCAGGGAUUUAGCUAAAGGAAGAAUUUCCCAACAGUUUCCUGUUAGCAUAUCUUGUGUGAAAGAUUAUAUCCCUUUUUCCCUGGACAUUUGGAUCUUUUUCACUGUUCUU